AUGUCCGUAAGGGAGACACUAAACCGUGACGGCAACUCACCUCCGGCAUCCUGUUGGACGUACUUUGACGACGAGGACUGUGGAGACGGGGUGCCUCGUCUCAGCAGCGACUGCAGCUCGCAUGUUUUGUACGGCAGCGCAAUUGGCCACGGUGGCGACCGUGGUUCCCUUGUGUACAACGUUGGGGAAAUGAAGAACGUCCCGUUUUCUUUUGGGUACCCGCUGGCGCUUAAGGUAUACCCAAUCAGUAUCACGGAAAAUGAAAUCGCAUUCAUCCGGGCCCUUUUUGCAAGCGAUUUUGCUGCGUUCAACAAUGGCGGGAGUUGUGGGGUUUGCCGUCAAGUGCCGUAUUUGGUCCUUCCGUUGGCCAUUGUCACGAUUGGUGGUGUUGAUCGUGGCAUUCUCAUGCCGAAGCACGAAUACAGCCUUAAACAGUUUCUCCUUGCCAGCAGGCCCGUGGUUGAGUUUUUUGGCGAUGGAGAAGGUGGAGCGGACUGUGACAGUGACAAGAGAUUUGCCAAAAGCUCGCUUUUAUCCCAUCGUGUGUUUGAGCCAAUUCGUGAUUGUAGGGUCGUAACCGCUAUCGCCUUCCAACUGGUUGUUGCUAUUAGCCUUCUCAGUGAGGAACUACCACAUGUGAAGGAUGGAAUAAUGUGUCGCGGAUUUACCCAUAAUGAUAUUCACUUGGAGAAUAUUUUGUUGGACGGCGACUCUGGCUGCGCCGCACUCUGCGACUUUGAGCUUGUGGGGCACAUUUCUAAAGAUGGUGAGGAAAUCCCACCACCUACUCUUCACCGGCUUCCACCGUACUGCAGGCAAUCACCCCAUGGUCUCUUCUCUCCCGCAGCUGACACCUGGGCUCUUGGGCUAGUGGUACUUUCGCUGUUGACAGGCGUUGAUCCGCUCUUCGAUGACGCCAAGCUCAUGGACGACUUUGGCGACGGCCCACUUUUGCAGAGUUACACGGAGUCGGAUGGGGCGGUGCCUGUGCUUGACUGGGAAGGAAACAUCAAGGCACAUGUGGAGGGGCUGCUGCUUUCUGACGAUCCUACUGGCCAGCGUUUGGCCGACGCAGGACCACUCCUGAAACUUUGCGCAAAAUGCCUUGUCAAUCGCAUCGGAGCCUCUCCGAGCGGCGCCGUGGAGUUGCUGAGACAGCCGCUUUUCAGUAGUCAUAUAAACUCUCCUCAGGAAGCGGAGUUCAUCUUGAAAGUUUGGGCGGAGAGUCACUGUGGCGUUUAUCCGCUUAAAGAUGCACACGACGACAUUGACAGCCCUUGA